GAAGGAGACGUGGCGCUGACGCGCGCGGGCUGCCCGGUCCAACCGGCGUCCAACUGAGCUGGACUUGGCGCUGGGCCCGGACGGCUGCCGGUCGCUUCCGUCUUUGGGUGCUCACGGUCUGGGUUAGGUGAGUGGGCUGGGAACAGAUGGUCCAUCGCCACUGGGGCAGGCAAGGAGAAAGUAGGGAAGAGGGAACCAGAUACACGCGUGGGCCGGGGCUGGACAGUUCAUUUUUAGACCAUGGCAACAUAUCUGGAGUUUAUUCAACAAAAUGAGGAGCGAGAUGGUGUGCGUUUCAGUUGGAAUGUGUGGCCAUCUAGCCGCCUUGAGGCUACAAGAAUGGUCGUCCCCCUGGCAUGUUUACUCACUCCCUUAAAAGAACGCCCAGAUCUACCUCCAGUACAAUAUGAACCUGUACUUUGUAGCAGGCCAACUUGUAAAGCAGUUCUCAAUCCACUUUGUCAGGUUGAUUAUCGAGCUAAGCUUUGGGCCUGUAAUUUUUGUUUUCAAAGAAAUCAGUUCCCUCCGGCAUAUGCAGGCAUAUCUGAGAUGAAUCAACCUGCAGAACUGAUGCCCCAGUUUUCUACAAUUGAGUACAUAGUGCAGCGAGGGCCUCAGACACCCUUGAUUUUCCUCUAUGUUGUUGAUACAUGUCUGGAAGAAGAAGACCUUCAAGCUCUAAAAGAGUCCUUGCAGAUGUCCCUGAGCCUUCUUCCCCCUGAUGCUCUGGUGGGUCUAAUCACCUUUGGUAGAAUGGUGCAGGUUCAUGAAUUGAGCUGUGAAGGAAUCUCAAAAAGCUAUGUCUUUCGAGGAACCAAGGAUUUGACUGCAAAGCAAAUACAGGAUAUGUUAGGUCUUACCAAGCCAGCUAUGCCUGCUCAGCAAACAAGACCUGUUCAACCACAGGGGCAACCUUUUAUUUCAAGCAGGUUUCUGCAGCCUGUUCAUAAGAUUGACAUGAACCUGACUGAUCUUCUUGGGGAAUUACAAAGGGACCCAUGGCCAGUAACUCAAGGAAAAAGACCCUUGCGGUCCACAGGGGUUGCUUUGUCCAUUGCUGUUGGCUUGUUGGAGGGCACUUUUCCAAAUACGGGAGCCAGAAUUAUGUUGUUUACUGGAGGCCCACCCACUCAAGGACCAGGCAUGGUAGUUGGAGAUGAAUUGAAGGUUCCCAUUCGUUCCUGGCAUGACAUAGAGAAAGACAAUGCACGUUUUAUGAAAAAGGCAACCAAACACUAUGAAAUGCUUGCAAAUCGUACUGCCACAAAUGGUCACUGUAUUGAUAUUUAUGCCUGUGCCCUUGAUCAAACUGGUCUCCUGGAGAUGAAGUGUUGUGCAAAUCUUACUGGUGGUCACAUGGUGAUGGGAGAUUCCUUCAAUACUUCUCUCUUCAAGCAGACAUUCCAAAGAGUUUUUAGUAAAGACUUUAAUGGGGAUUUUAGAAUGGCAUUUGGUGCUACUUUGGAUGUUAAGACUUCUAGAGAAUUGAAGAUUUCAGGAGCAAUUGGUCCAUGUAUAUCUCUAAAUGUGAAAGGGCCAUGUGUAUCAGAAAAUGAAUAUGGCAUUAGUGGUACUAGUCAGUGGAAAAUCUGUAGUCUGGAUCCCACAUCAACUCUUGGCAUCUACUUUGAAGUAGUCAAUCAGCAUAAUGCACCAAUACCUCAAGGAGGCAGAGGAGCAAUUCAGUUUGUUACCCAGUAUCAACAUUCUAGCACCCAGAGACGAAUCCGAGUGACCACGGUUGCCAGAAAUUGGGCAGAUGCACAAAAUCAGCUCCAGCAUAUAGAAGCUGCUUUUGACCAAGAAGCUGCUGCAGUAUUGAUGGCCCGGCUUGGAGUAUUCAGAGCUGAAUCAGAAGAGGGACCUGAUGUUCUUCGAUGGCUAGACAGGCAGCUAAUCAGACUAUGUCAGAAGUUUGGACAGUAUAACAAAGAGGACCCAAAUUCUUUCAGAUUAUCAGACUCAUUUUCCCUGUAUCCUCAGUUCAUGUUCCAUCUUCGAAGAUCCCCAUUUCUUCAAGUGUUUAAUAACAGUCCAGAUGAAUCAUCUUAUUAUCGGCAUCAUUUUGCCAGACAAGACUUGACCCAGUCUCUCAUCAUGAUCCAGCCUAUUCUUUAUUCUUACUCUUUCCAUGGUCCACCUGAGCCAGUACUUUUGGAUAGCAGCAGCAUUCUAGCUGAUAGAAUUCUACUGAUGGAUACCUUUUUCCAAAUUGUCAUCUAUCUUGGUGAGACUAUAGCCCAAUGGCGUAAAGCUGGCUAUCAAGAUAUGCCUGAGUAUGAAAAUUUCAAGCAUCUUCUCCAAGCUCCAUUAGAUGAUGCUCAGGACAUCCUGCAAACUCGAUUCCCAAUGCCAAGAUACAUCAAUACUGAACAUGGAGGUAGUCAGGCUCGGUUCCUCUUGUCCAAAGUGAAUCCAUCUCAGACACACAAUAAUUUGUAUGCUUGGGGACAGGAAUCUGGAGCCCCAAUAUUAACAGAUGAUGUUAGCCUGCAGGUUUUCAUGGAUCAUUUGAAGAAAUUGGCAGUGUCAAGUGCCUCCUAAAUUGAGAAAGUCAAAACGUUCAGGAAGGAGACAGUAACCAGACUAUGUUCAUAGCUAUUGGAAAUAUUUACUAUAUUCCUCUUACUUUACUGUGAGAUUUUAAGAUGUCAUCAUGUACUACAUACAUUCAAAAGAAGGUUUUUUUACAUAGUCUUUUUGAUUUUUAAUUUAUUUGUACUCUUAACUUUACCUAUUUUUUUCAUGACUAAAAUGUAGUCCACUGAUGUUUUGGAACUUCUCGAUCUUUUAACAGCUUUCUUUAUCCUAAUAUGGUCAUCUGUAUAAACUAUGGGAAACCUUUGGCAACUCCCUCAGAUGAAGGCAUAAUGGUCAUGAAGAAAAUAAACUGGAUGGGGAGAGUAGCUAAAAACUUAUUUUAGCUAAAAAGAUGUUAUGGAAAACCUGAGUUCUGUAGUUUUAUUCAAAGAAUUUAGCCAUGUUUUGCUUCCUGAAGACACAAUACAGUGUGAUGUUUAAAGAGCUAGCCCUGGAACCAGGAAAAAGUGGGAUCAAAUCUCAGUUCUGAAACUUUCGGCUUGUGUGCCUUGGCUAAAACACUUACUGCCCUGAGCAGCAACUCUCUAAGAUUAUAAAUUGCAGAGAAGGUACCAGCCUUCAUUGCUAGGAGAGUUUUUUUCAUUCAAGAGUUCCUUAUACCAUUGGGGUCACACUCAGAAAGGGAUCCCUGCAGGCAGCAAACUGCAGGGUGCCAGUUUGACACUUCUGCCCUACAAUCAAUGAAAUCUCAGUUCCAGUCUCUUAUCUCUACCCUUUCCUUCCUGAACCUAAUCUUAAUUUAUCCUCUAAAUCAUAACAGAGGAGAGGCAUGCCAGUAGUACCACAUUAGAGUAAAGUGACUGGAGGGUACUGGAUCCACUCUGUCCCCUAAGCCAUCAUGACAGUGCCAACCAAAGACAAUCUGAAAGUGCAAACUGAACACAUCUCUAAAUCCACAAGCAUUUAUUAAGGGGUGUAUUAUUGGUACAUAUUAUUAUGUGCCAGGCACUCAGCAAAGAACUAAGAAAGGGUUCCCUGGCCCCCCCAAAAGCUCCACAUUCCCUACUCUCAAAUCAUAAUCUAAUGGAGGUGACAGCAUAGUAAACAAGAAUAAAUUAGAGAUAAUCGCCUGAGAAAGUACUAAAGAAGAAAAGAAGCAUUUAUUAAAGUCAUGUGUGCCAGGCACCAGGCCUUUUAUGAUUAAUAUCUCAUUUCAUUCUCAAAACAACCUUGGGAAGAAGGUGUUAUUAUCUGCAUUUUACAGAUGAGGAAACAGCAAGGCAGAGCCUGAAUGAUUUACUGAAGGUCACACAGCAAAUGUCUGAGACUGAAUUUAAUCUAGGCUUCCUGACUCUAGGCCCAGAGUUCUGUGCACUAUGGCAUCCUCUGGCUUCCUCUAGACCCUAAUAUGGAGGACCAGGAUGGGCUUCUGGCAUAAGGUGGGACAUGAAGGAAGCCAAGAAGAAGUGUUUAGGCUCAGGGAAUAGCCAGGGGAAAUUGCCCAGAAUCAGGAGAUAGAGUGUCUUGGGCAAGGUACAGACAUAAGGCCAGUGCCAUUGAGUGGUGGUAGAGGGGAGGUAAGACUAAAUAGACAUCUCUAAUAGUCCCAGUGCAGUGAGCAUGGUAGUCAUGGUCAUGUGCCAUCAGAUGAAAGUAUAUUUCAUUUUUUUAUAUCAAUUGCCAGAUACUUGGUAAAUAGUAAUAAUGCCAUUAGAACUUUAAGCUUUCUCUUAGUAAUAAAAAACCUUCCUCGAUUUGGUCCUUAAGGAAUGAUCUGCCUUGUGGCUCUUGUCAGUAAGACUUCUCCAGGAAGAGAUUCUUUGUUCCACACCUAAUUAUUCAUGCAGGGUCUGCUUGUCCAAUAACUGCCAAGUUCCAUGGCCAAAAACCCCCUUUUACUCGCCUUCAAAGGUGACUGGGUAGAGGAAGGCAUAGAGAAGACAAAGUUAAGCUGAUAGUAAACUUGCCCAUCCACAUUUGAGAUUUUUUAUAUUAUGUGCCCAGCAAGCCUGAAAAGAAAAUACAUUUUCUUCCACUCUUUGCUCAGGUUUCUACCAGGCUCUGAAUGUCCUCUGGUGACUGAAAGCUUCUAACUUCCCCUAUCCCCUUCCUACCAGAGGUGUCCUAGAUAGAGCCUUGCUUAACAGAUAGGGCCAACUACUACCCUCUCUCCAGUGGUUAUUGGUUAAGAACAUGGGUACUCAACAAUUGGUUGUGCAAUCAACAAUUACAGUCCAUCUGCACAGACCCUAGGAUUUCCAUUUGCCCUGCAAAACAUUUCCUAUGGUUUACUUACUUAGUGAGCUCCUUGAGAGCAGGAAUGAUUUUACUUUCCUAUUUGUAACUCUAGGACUUAGCACAGUGCUUGACAAAGCAAUAAAUGCUUUAGUUAAAUACUUAAUGAAUGCUUUCCAUUUCAUAAAGGCAACGGUUUUAAUCUCAACAUUUUCCCCUUAAUCUAUAGUAUAGAGCAGCAAUGUCAGACACAGGCUUAGGUAUACCACCCUUGUGUGCCAGAAAUAAGAUUAAAAUGUAAUUGGAAAAAAUUAAUGAAGCAAAUACAAUUGAACAUUGAUGUUACUGUGUGGUUUUCUAAAGUCAGUAUCCAUUGCAAUCCUUAUCCUUAAACCAUAUGGCAUAGUGGUCCCAUUUCUAUUUAAAACAACUACUUUGGAGUACUGUUUGGAGACAGAAAAUGGGUUUGAAUUCCAGCUCUGCCUUUUAUUAAUCUUUCUAUGCUUUAGUUUUAUCUUUCAAUUCAUGAUGUUUGCACUAUGUAUCUCAGAGUCAAAUGCUAGCUAUUUGUUUUAACUAAUCACAAAUGAGAAACCUGGGAACAUUUGUUAUAAACUGAUUUAAAGAGAACAAUUCAUACAAUAACAGUAUUGUAAAGGCAACUUAAUUAUUAAUCAGUGCGGUGACCAACCAUAAAUCCAGAACACUCAUGAUGAAACAUACUUCUCUCCUCUUGACAGGUGACUGAUAGAAUACUUUUGAUAGGAGACUUUUUCAUGUGGCCACUGUGGAAAUGUGCUUUGUUUAGCUAUGCAUAUUUAUAAUGAAGGUUACUGCCUUCUCUCUUUUUUUAAUGGUGGGAUGGGAGGCAGAAGCAAGAGGAAACAGAUUUUCUUGAUGGGAAAAUUUUUUUUUUAGUGAUGAAAAAAUCAACACUGCUUGCCAAGCACUGUGCUAUGUAAUGGCAAUAUAAAGACCAAAAUAGUCCCUCUCUUAAGAAGCUUAUAUUUUGUAAUGGAGGAGAGAGACAAUUGAAUUGCUCUGGCUCUGAUGGAAGAAAUUUGGAUACUAAGAAUUAUAUUUAUAAUUUUUUAUAAUUUAUAAUUGAGGAAAUUAUAAUAUAAAUUAUAAUUGAGGAAAUGUAAAUGAUUUACCCAAGGACACACACAUAGUAAACAGCAAAGCUAGGCACAGAGCACUUUUUUACUCCCUUCCAAUUCUCUUUCCAGAACUUGUUUGUAUCCCAUUAUAAAGCCUAACUUUUAUUAAGGUGGUGAAAACAUAGUGACCUGCUACUGUCUCCACCUAGCUUAGCUACCCAAAGCCAUGGCUAAUCCCAUUAUAUUCCUUGCUAAUUUGGCCUGGAGGGGGAGGAUUUGGAUAUAAGAGAUCCUGCCUUCACAGAAUCAUUCCUGGGUUCAUGUACAAGGCUGUUUAUGGAGAGAAAUUUACUGUUGAGAAUUUUUCUGGUACUAGUAUCAUGUCCAAUGGUGUCUCAUCUGCAGUUCAUGGCCUUGGGUCAAAUGAAAAAAGGCACGAACAUUUUGGAAGCCAUGAAGUGCUUCCAUUCCUAUGUUGGCGAAACCAGCAGGAAAAUCACCAUUGCCAACUGUGGACAACACUCCUAAGUUUGUUUUGUCUUAACCACUAAACCAUUCCUCUGUAGCUGAGUAGAACACCUUCCCCUAUUCCCAUUCUACUCUUCUACCUUGUAAUCAUUGUGCUUCCAUUUUUCUUUCCAUGAGUCUGGCUAGACCACAGAAUGAAGUUUAUGAUUAAAAAAUAAAAACUGAACUGACAGGAAAAAAA